AUGAGAAACCACACAACAGUCACAGAGUUCAUAUUGCUGGGAUUGACAGAUGAUCCACAGUGGCAAAUUGUACUUUUUACCUUCCUCCUUCUUACCUACAUGUUGAGUGUGACUGGGAACCUGACCAUUAUCACCCUCACAUUGCUGGACUCCCACCUGCAGACCCCCAUGUACUUUUUUCUUCGGAAUUUUUCCUUCUUGGAAAUUUCCUUCACAUCUGUAUGUAUUCCCAGAUUCCUGGUUACUGUUGUGACAGGGGAUAAGACGAUUUCCUAUAACGGUUGUGUGGCUCAGUUAUUCUUCAUUUUCUUGGGGGUGACAGAAUUUUACCUUCUUGCUGCCAUGUCUUAUGACCGCUACGUAGCCAUCUGUAAGCCACUGCAUUACACAACCAUUAUGAGCAACAGGGUCUGUACACUGCUUGUCCUAAGUUCUUGGCUGGCAGGAUUCCUGAUCAUCUUUCCACCCAUCAUCCUGCUGCUACAGCUGGAUUUCUGUGCAUCUAAUGUUAUUAAUCAUUUUAUCUGUGAUUCUUCUCCCAUCCUGCAGCUCUCAUGCUCAAAUACACGCUUCCUUGAGCUGAUGGCAUUUUUUUUAGCUGUGGUAACACUCAUGGUCACCUUGACCUUAGUGAUACUCUCUUAUACAUACAUCAUUCAGACAAUUCUGAAAAUCCCUUCUGCAAGUCAGAGAAAAAAGGCCUUUUCCACUUGUUCCUCCCACAUGAUUGUUGUCUCUCUUUCUUAUGGCAGCUGCAUUUUCAUGUACAUUAAGCCCUCAGCAAAAGAAAGAGUGUCUUUGAGCAAGGGAGUGGCUGUUCUCAAUACCUCAGUUGCCCCCUUGUUGAAUCCCUUCAUUUACACCCUAAGGAAUCAACAAGUGAAACAAGCCUUCAAGAAUAUGAUUCACAAGGUUAUUUUUUCUUCAAAGAAAUAA